GAGCAACACCAACAAACCAGCGGCAACCCAUCAUUUCGUCCAAACCACUUCCUCUCUCUCCACAUAACUUAUAUAUCAAUCUAGUGCUGUAUAUAGUCUAGCCGGAUUCCUACAACAACCGCACUUAGCCCCAUUCCGCCUAACGCCCCCGAAACCGGAGUGGUCCAGCAUUGGCCUUCCAUCCCGCAGCCCGCGGCACAAAAACUCACUCGGCUCCAACCCCCCCUACUAAGCAAGCUAGUAUCAUAAUAUUAUCAUAACCUAGACACCGGCGUCGACAAAGUGGGGUGCAGUGCAAAUCGCCCGUCUGCACACUUGGCCAACAUUCACGCACGCAUAGCACCCAGCACUACAGGCGUAUAUACAAUAUAAUACACGGUCCGAGUCGCGCAGACGGGGCCGACGGAGCAGAGACGAGUAUAAUACUGUACUGUAGAUUGAGCGAGAACGCCUCCUUUUCCUCCCAUCCACCGCGAACCGCCACGGCCACCCCCACUAUAAUAAUCGUAUAGAGAAUAAAGGGAAAAGAAAAAAGAAAAAAGAACAUCCAAGAAGGACCACCUAACCAAAAACCCCAACAAAUAUAGUGCGUUGCAAUGUACUUGUAUCUCUCCGGAGUGGCCUCGAUGGCCAAGCGAACGAGCGAAAACCUAGAGCUCUUCAUUCAUUCGCACCCCCCUCCCCCAACGUCGCAGGCCUACUACUAUCCAUUCCAGUUCCUCCCCCAGCAGAAAAAAAAACCCACCAGGACCCGCGAUCUUGGGCACGCCAUCCGGAAUCGAGGUGAUCAGUCCCCGACCCCCCUUCAACCCCUCCGACAACGGGAAGACCAGCACAAGAGUACAUAUUCACUAGUGGCCUUCAAGGGCAGAGAUAUUGCCCCGAACAGGACAUCAGCGAUUUUAUGCCCCCCCACGCACCACGAUGGGGAACAAGACACCGUAGCCGAUUUCUCAGACCUUAAGCCCUACAAAUGCGCUCCCUGUGGGGUGGGAUGUAAACGCCAGACGGAUCUUGAUCGACACUUCAGGACAAGUAGAGCCCAUAGCAUGCCGAAGGGGCCGGCUUGUCCAGUGGGGGGCUGCAAAUGUGUCGAUAAAUUCACCAGGCCUGAUAACUUCAAGGCACAUUAUAAGAAGCAGCGUGGAAAGAGCGAUGGUGAGGCUGAUAAGUAUAUCAGCAUCUGGAGGAAGAAUGGCUGUCCCUAGUACGGCGGGUCAAAUGUAGGACAGGGGCAAAAAAAAAACUCUCGCAAGUGGCAACGGGAACCAUGCCAAGUGCUAAGGCCGGGUAACCCCAAUCCCAGGUAUAUUUGUGUG